AUAAGUUACUAAGUACUCAGAGAAUUCUCCGCCUUAUUCGAUGUGAAAUUGGCUUAUUUGAAGCGUCACAUCAUGUUUUUCCGUCAUGUCUACUUUGAUAAAUGGUUUUCAUAUAUCCAAAGCAAUACCCUAAAACUAUGUAAAACCAUGCUCGAUCUUCAAUAUUAUUCUGUCAUCAUAAUAACCCGCCAUUAGAGGAGAUACUGAAGAAAACCGAGCCCGCGGCAAGCAGUAAAAUGUAAGAAAGUUGGCAGUUUCAAAAUCUGAUCACAGCAAAGAGGCAGAGAAGAAGACUCGUUGGCUUAAAACCGGACUAUUACAAUUCCUAAAGAAAUAUGCCCUAUGCUUUUCUACCUUGUUAUUGACUGCUUUUUGGCGUCAUAUUUCAGGGACGAAAAAAGAAAGAGUUUAUUCACACCAAGUACAUCAAACACCAGUACGCACAGAAAUCGGGAGAAAGCCCCGAGAAGGUGUUGCAGGAGCUGCACCAGGCGGUCAAGUCACGUGAUAUUCUGGCCGUGUUGCAAGAAUUCGGCGAGGGAGUGGACCUGAGUGCGAUGCUACCAGGAUCGGAAUGACGCAAAUGUUGUGAAUAUGGAAGGGAACACCCCAUUACACUUCGCAGGGAAGGCCGGGAAAACAGAGGUUGCUAAAGUCUUGCUCCGCUCAGGCGCCGCCGAGAGUAUACACAUCGCUGAGGAAAUGCGCUAAGGGCAAACUGACCUUCUGUGAUCACGUGAAAAUCGACUGGGGACUGAACCAGGCCGAGGACUUCACGGAUGACGUCAUCGAGCUGACAGACAUCAAAACGAGUCUGAGUGAUGACGAGGCGCUGAAUGAUGUCAAACUUUCUUCCAAGGGAAAGUCCGGUCCCCCUUCCCCUCCCCGCCACCGUCGCAAUUUGCCUCCUCGCCCCGUAAGCCAGAUGAUUAUGUGUCCGACAAAGUGUUGCGUUACCUUGUUAUGCGAAUGUCGCUACGGGGAGCACAUUCGGGCAUGGCGUUAAAUCAUGGCAAGACGAAACAAGCCCAUCUGACGUCACCGAAUCUCCCCCACCCAUCCCCCCAAUAAGAUGCCCCUCUGUCAGUCGGCCAGUCAGGCCAACAGGCCCGCCUUCACCCCCUAAGCCGCAAUUCCACGACACACCCACCCGUGCCUCACCGCCACCGGACAUGCGGACUAAUCCGGACACGGAGCGUCGACCGCCUCCACUACCACCCGCACCAAAGAGGGCCAUAGACCUUAAACCCGAUUUCCCGCCUGUACCCACCCAUAAAAGGUCCAAAUCGGACGGAAAGGUCCCGUUUGGGGAGGACAUCGCAGAUAUGGGGAGACCCGCGUUGGAAAAGAAGUCAUCUUUCCCCCUGGGAGAGGGGGAGAAGGACGAUUCAAAAGCAUCUCGCCCCGAGCUUCCGCCGAGACCCACGGGCUUGGAAAAACCCGCGAACACCGGCCGUGUUAGUAAUGACGUCGGCUUGACCAAAAAUGCCCCGAACAAACCUAAGUCUACGACGUUACCGAGGCCUUCCGUGACACCACCCCCUCCCAGGAGACAAGACUCAGACACAACAGUCAAAGUUUACCCACCAAACAAGGACAAGCCCUUACCAAAGGUGCAAGAAAACAGCAAAGUUGGCGACACCCCAGCACCGGAAAUACCUUCUCGAAACUACAGCAGCCAGGUCCCCGUGAGCCAGUUCCCGCGCAGAGUUCAGGCGCUGAAUGAUUGCGAGGCUGACAAUGAUGACAAUGAUUUAUGGAGGGUGACGUCAUUCUCGUCAAAGGCGAAGGUGAAGACGCCGAGUGGUGGCUUGGAGAGCUGGAGAGAAAGCCUGGGAAUAGCGGCGUUUUCCCGAUCAGUUUUGUUCGCGUGCUCUCGGAAUAAUCCAAGAACCCUCGUCAGUGAACCAAUUUCGUCCACGUUUUCUUGGACAAUUUACGAGAAAUUCGGACAGCUUCCAAUGCAGAUAACUUCCAGUAACUGUCGCUCGACAAAGCUGUAG